AUGGCGAUUACCGAUGAUAAUCGUUACGAUAAUAAGGGCCCCAAGAUCCUGGCUGUUCUAUGGACUUUGACUGGGCUGACAACCCUCAUCGUCUCGGCCAGGAUUUACAUCCGGAUGGUAGUGUUGCGAAACUUUGGUAUUGAUGACCACUUGAUUUUGAUUUCCAUGAUAUUCGGCCUUGCAUAUUGUGGUGUCACUACAGCCGGUGUCAGUGUGGGCUAUGGACAACACGCUGACUAUUUGAACGAAAAGGAUCUAGAGAUGGCCAUUCUGCUCAAUACCGUCAGCUUUUUGUUUGGAAUUCUCUCAUUUACUAUCCCCAAGGUGGCAGUGACGGCUAUGUUGAACCGGAUCUUGAAUCCUGGGAGAGUGCACAAGGCUAUACUAUGGCUCUUGGUUGGAAGCGCGGCCACAGUCUCUAUCAUUUGCAUUCUUAUCUUGUUCACUAUGUGCGAUCCGCCAAAGGCAUUAUGGCAGAUAUCACUUGUAGCUAAAGGUGAGGCUACUUGCAAGAGUCCAUGGAUUCUCAUCAACUAUGCUAUCUUCACGGGAGCUCUCUCAGCGUUUGUUGAUUUAUAUCUGGCCAUUUACCCGACCACUGUGCUGCUAAAAUUGCAAAUGUCUCUACGAAAGAGAAUUGCGCUUUGUGCUGCUUUGGGACUUGGUGCAAUUGCUUCCGCUAUGGCAAUUAUAAAGUGUACCCAGCUUCAUGGUCUUGCCGACAAAUCCGACUAUACAUAUGGAACUGCCGACCUUGUUAUGUGGACCAAUAUUGAAGCCAACGUCGUCGUUAUAGCAUCCUGCAUCCCUACCCUACAACCCCUCCUCGAAAUUAUCUUCGGAAAGCGAGUGUUCGGCUCUUACAGCCAAGGAAAGGGUGAUCGCUACAAAGGCAGCGAUAGCUUCCCUCCCUCCUCCUACAAUCGCAACAAGCAUUCAAAUGCACUUGGCAAGGAUGACCUCGGCUUCACCAACCUCACCAAUGUGACGGGUAAAGAUAGUCAAGAAAGCAUACUUCCUUCAAAUGGAUCUGGGAAGCAGAAUACUUUCUCUAUGGGCCAUAUCCAUCGGACGGACGAUGUGAUUGUGGAAUACGAAUCGUCUUCACAACAAGGAGCCAAGAAAAUGGGAGGACCAUAUGCGCCCAAAGUGGCCCAAACAGGCGGCCAUCCGACAGUAUCUGUCGAUGUCCCAAUAUGCGCCAUCUUCCUCGCCCUAUUCAUCGCCGGCGCCGCCUCUCACAUGACCCUAUUCCGCCGCAACCUCGCACGAGGACACAAGUUCAUCCCAUCCGCCGUAACAUUUGGUUUCUGCAUGUCACGCAUUGUCGCAAAUAUCAUUCGCAUUGCCUGGACCUGCCGAGUCACAAAUAUCAGUCUCGCCAUUGCGUCGCAGAUCUUCGUUGCUGCCGGUGUGUUGUUGCUAUUCAUCUUAAACUUGCUGUACGCACAGCGCAUGGUGCGGGCUGUCUACCCUGGAAUAGGAUGGUCUCGUCCUGUGUCAUUGGCAUUUAAGCUGGUCUAUGGUCUUGUUGCGGUUACAAUUGUCAUGGUCAUCACUGUGGUUGUUCAGAUCUCCUAUACUCUGAACACGAACACCCUCCGUAUCGAUCGUGAUAUUCAACUUUACGGUGUAACAUACUUCGCCAUCAUCUCGUUCCUGCCUCUUCCUCUGGUUUUGUUGGUUCUCCUGUCUCCAAACAGGAAGCGGAUCGAGGAGUUCGGCUCCGGCAGCUGGAUUGCCAAGGUUCUCCUUGUUACUCUUGUGGGUUUAUUGCUCUGCCUCGGCGCCUCAUUCCGGGCUGGUACUGCGUGGAUGCCUCCCCGUCCAAUCACGAACCCUGCCUGGUAUCACAGCAAGGCAUGCUUCUACAUCUUCAAUUUUAGCCUCGAUAUCUGUGUCGUCGCUAUCUUUUUGGUUGGUCGUGUAGACCAACGAUUCUUUGUUCCGAAUGGAAGCUCGAAGGUUCGCCAUUACAGAGGGUCUGAUGAUAAUGAGAAGGAUAUGCGGACUGCAGGAGGUGCAAGCAAUCUUCGGGCGCAAGACCAGAAGGAUCUCGAGAGCCUGAAGAGCAGUGUGUCCCGGGACUUGGCUGAGCCAAAAUAA